UUUUUAAAUUUAUCAAAAUGGAUUAUUUUUACAAAUUUAGAAUUUUAAUUAUUUUUAUACUUUUGCCUUCUAUGCUGUCUUCAGAUGUUGAGCCAAAUGUCAAUAAAAAAAUAGAAGCUGAAAUUAGAAAAAAGUUUUCAGAACAUAAGCAAUUUGUACAUCCACCAAUGAAAAAUAGUGAAUUAUUAUGUAGGUGUAAUCACGAUGGUUGUAGUAGGGAAAUUACUGAUAUUGCUGGAUCUAAAUAUGAGGGAAUAUGUAGAGCACAUAGUGGUGGGCAAUGCAGAAGAAUGGUCCAUUUGGGAAAGGAUAAGAAAAUUAAAGAAGUUGUGCUUUCUUGUAUGCACGCUGACCAGCUAGUACCUAAAGAACGUCCUUUUGUCUGCCAAAGUGUUAAUACAUCACAGCUUAUUCAAAUAGUAAAAUGCUGUAGAGAUGGUUCUUUUUGCAAUGAUAAAAAGUUUUCCAUCGAAACAACUGGACAAGGUUUUCCUGAAACUUCAAACGAUAACGACAAUUCGAAUACUUCAUAUUUAUAUUUUCUUUUACUUUUUGCUGUUUCUGUCCUCUUUUCUGGGUUUGGACUUUGUGUUGGAAUUAAUUUUGGUGCUAGAAUUAAAAAAAGAAUAAAGAAGUCUUUUGAUAAUUUGGUUACUCGUUUGAGGAAUUUUUAG